CACUGCGGCUAUUUUUAUUCCACUUGACAGUUAAAGUGAAGUAGGUUUUUAAGUGUCUUAGAAACAGACAGACAACCUAUCCUGCAGUAUUUUUUUAAAGUUUUGUCUAUGUAGUCUGACACUGCCCUAUGGAUCGAGUGGAUUGGCAUGGGAUUUUAACCUAACAUUUUAUUUUGUUGUCAAACAUGGAUAACUGUCAGAAACUUCAAAUCGAUGAGGCUGAACGUCGAUUUCAACUAGAUUUGGAGAAAGCCAAAGCUUUGUCAUUGGAAACAGCAGCUUUGGACCGAUUUAAACAAGAAAAGCUUAAAGAGUCGGCGGCAGUUGCUCAUCCCAGUCGAGAGCCCAGCCCUAUUUAUGCUACAGUUAGAGCAAAAAGUGUUAGCUCUUCCCCAUUUCCUUUACCUGAAUCGUCAACAUCACCAAAGAUUCAGAUCAAACCCAGACCAAGACCAGGUGGCAUCAAUUCUCAGAGUGUGGGUCUCGUACCUCCUCCUGUCCCCAAAAGGCAACUGUCACAAUCCCCAAAUUCAAAUGAUCUGAUUAAUUUGAUGUCACCAAUUAGGGCCAGGCCCUCAGAUCUCGAAGACUCAUUCCUUUUUGAAGAAUUGGACUUGGCCUUUCCGAACAUGAAUUUAUCAUCAAAUAGGUCCAGCCGUCAUGCAGUCCUCUUUCCAAAUCAUUUGUCUGUUCAAAAUGUGCCUCAACACCUUUCGCAACCAAUACCAACAAGUUCUUUACCCUCACCAGUUGUACUCUCGACACCCAAGCUCAACAGCAGCAAGAAAGGUCCCAUUUCCUUUGAUGAAAGUAUGUUUAAUCGAAAUCUGAUCGAUCUUGCUGUCGAAUCUACUCAUCCUCGCUACAGUAUCCUUCGUGCUUUUGACCCUCUGCUCAGUCCGAAUCCUGUUCCCGAGCAGGCCGUAACCCCAGUUGCUUGUAGCUCCACUUCAACAGAAAAGAAUAAGACGGACGAAUUUCUUUUCGAUCAAGACUACGACCCGUUCGAUUAUUUUCUCGGCUUGAGCCAAAGAGCCUUCGAAGGUUCAUCCACGGUCCCAGCAAGCAGCAUUCCCGAAACGAUCUACGAAGUUCUCACGAAAGAGCAAUCGCCCGCAAAACCAGCGACGACAUCAAACAAAAGGCAAUCUAUUGUACCACCAGCUCAGAAAAGCAAGGACACAUCAUUGAAGGUGGUAGUGAACGAAGUUGAUUCCGGUGCCGGAGACCUGGGACUGGUCACAUUCGUUAAUUUGGUCCGCCAAGUUCGCUCCCGUUUUCGCUAUGAUGAAGCCGAAACCAACACAGGUUACGUGACUAGUCCGAUACUGGAGUCAAGUUGCACCGAGUCCAUAUCAGUGAAAUUGGCAGUACAUUUCUCUAUGGACCACCCCGUCAUCAAUUUCACAUGUGAUAUUAGCAGCCGAGUAGAUCACGUUAUAAGCCACGUCGUUUGUGAGUUGGGUGCCACCAGUCAGCUCAAGUCGGAAGAAUAUGCGCUCAAGGUCUGGGGCAUGGCCGAAUUUUUAAUGCCCAAUUCGUGCCUUUGCGACUACGAGUACGUCCACCACUGUAUCAAGCUGGAAAAGGAUGUCUUGUUGUGUCUGCUUCAUAUAAACGAAGUGCCCAGGCCUUUGCUUAGGACUGCAGAAGAUGACAUCAAAGAUAUCGAAAUCAAAGUUGACGAUUUGUUGUCUAGAGAGCCGGGAGAUGCACUCACUCACGCGACGGUCUCCGUUCUCAUCGACAUCAUUCACGGAGAAAUUGAUCGACUCUUGGUAAACUCUAGCCACACACAACCCAAAGGUCUGCUGCAGUCCGUCAAAGCUCUGUGCUCGAUGUUGGGCAGUAUUGAAACAACAGACUUAACGAUGGCCUUAGAUAACAUUGUAUUCACUUGUAAUAACUCCACAAGAGGCUCGAAUCGAGCAGAAAUCGUCGGUGAAGACGGCCCUUAUUCCAUGGUAGUUCUUCCUGGUCAAAAUCGUUUGCGAACUAAUUGCGUGGAACUGGUUACUGCAAUUCGCAAACUAAUCAAUGCCUACACUUGCGCUUUCCGCGUCAACUUCGCCCUGCCACUCGCGCCCGGCUGUGUCAAAGUUUACGAGUCCUCUGGCGUUUUAGACUGUGUCGGCUUCCGUGUAGGCGCUCUUCACCGACUCGAACCUUCUUGGAAUUUUGACACGUAUGAAGUGCGGAUUGAUCUGCUGCACGGGGUUACAUCAGUGGGCCGUAGUCAGGUGGUGUUUGGUACCGCAAGUUCCAGGUCAGCCGCCUUCUUCCCGAACCGUAUCGUCUUUGAUGAAGUGAUCAGCUUCAGUAGCGUGGCCAUUUGUACUCUGCCGCGUGAAUCACGCCUUGUUCUUACUGUCUACGGUCGAAGGAAAGUGGCGGAAGGGGAUCCAGGAAGUGGGUCGGAAGCUGAACACGUCGAACUUGGAUGGACAGCCCAGAAUUUUUUUACUUACGGCGAUCCAAAUUGGACCCUCGUUCAAGGUAGUCGACUGCUUCCUCUAUGGCCGCCAGCUUCUGACAAGCGUUCAGGAUAUGUACCCACGGCCGGGCGCCAUCCUCGUGGUCAUUCGACUCCUUUGCUCAGUAUUGAAAUGCCUGAUUUGGAUGACGCUGAUAUUCAUUUUCCCCUUGUUGAACCCACCGUCAUUCCAAGUGGUGAGCUUCGUGAUUUCAGCGCCUUGGAUGACAACACCCAACGUUCGCUAAUGGAUAUCAUCCAAAGUGGAUCCUUUGCCAAGAUGGAUCUCUAUCAACGCGAGCUUUUGUGGGAGAAGCGUCAUUACUUGACGGAUGAACCUGCCGCUUUGACCAAAGUACUUCAGGUGGCCCAGUCUUGGGACUGGGCAAGUCUGUCUGACCUUUAUAGUUUGCUGCAGCGCUGGAAAGCUCUUUCUCCACUGGAAGCGUUUCAAUUACUUCUGCCUUGUUUUCCUGAUAUUGAAGUCCGUCGCUGCGCAGUUGAAUGGCUUCGACCGAUCUUAUCUGACGAACUGGUCGAUUAUUUACCACAAUUGGUGGAGGCGCUGAAGCUGGAACCAUUUGACCAUUCACCUCUGAUGGCGUUUCUCCUUGAAAGAUCGUUAAGCUCACCACAAGUAGCUCAUUCGCUUUACUGGCUCCUCGUCCAACAGCUUCCAGGACCCAGUCCACAGAAUUCCGAUUUUGCAGAAGCUUAUUUUGAAGGGGCUGAUCCACGCUAUUCCGGACGUUUACAGUUGUUGCUGCGUUCCGUUCUUGCCACUUGCGGAGCGGCCUUACGUCACCGAUUCCUCAGUGAGCAGAUGCUUGUUCAGCAGCUUGAUUCUUGCGCCGAUCUGGUGAAAUCCACAAAAGAAUCGCAGCGGCUCAACACGCUUCUUCGUGAAUUGGAGCCAAUUCAUUCCUCACUUGGGAAUAACUCGACCUCACUACCUAUUGGGCCCAGUCUCCAGGUGAAUGGACUAGAAGUUCGUCUGUGUUCUUAUUUCCCAUCCAACACGCUUCCUCUUAAAUUAGCUUUCCAUUCGGCUGAACCUGAAGUGAAUGAGAAUUCUCUCGUUAGCGCCAUGUAUAAAGUAGGGGAUGAUUUACGGCAAGAUAUGCUCACGCUCCAGAUGGUGCGUAUUAUGGACAAAUUGUGGCGUAAACAUGGACUUGAUCUGAAGAUGGUCACCUUUAGUUGUGUACCCACUGGGCCUAGGCGAGGAUUUGUGGAGCUCGUUACAGGCGCCGAGACUUUGAGACGGAUUCAAAUUGAACACGGAUUAACGGGCUCUUUUAAGGAUCGACCGAUUGCUGACUGGUUGGCUAAGCACAAUCCGUCGCCACUCGAGUACGAAAGAGCAGUGCACAAUUUUACGGCUUCGUGUGCCGGUUAUAGCGUGGCGACUUAUGUCUUUGGUGUUUGCGAUCGACAUAACGAUAAUAUUAUGGUCAAAUCCACCGGCCACCUCUUCCAUAUUGAUUUUGGCAAAUUUCUUGGUGACGCACAAAUGUUUGGUAAUUUUAAACGGGAUCGGACACCAUUCGUUUUGACUUCCGACAUGGCUUACGUCAUCAACGGCGGGGACAAACCAAAUCAGAAAUUCCAACACUUUGUCGAUCUAUGUUGCCAAGCUUUCAAUAUUGUCCGACAGCACAGCAAUUCUCUGCUUCAUUUGCUGGCGUUAAUGGCCACUUCGAAUAUUCCUGGCGUCAAUGCCGAUGCCAUUAGUUACGUCCAGAAAGCUUUGCUCCCCGAAAAAUCAAAGGCAGAAGCAGCGGCCGUUUUCGCGCGCAUGAUUGAGGAUUCUCUUCGCUCUUGGUUCACUCAAUUCAAUUUCUUUUUACACAAUUUAGCUCAGCUGCGUUUCCAUGGAGACCAUAACGAUGAUCGACUUCUAUCGUUUGUUCCGAAAAGUUACACUCUGGCUACCGACGGCCGAAUAAUCGAGGCUCGAGUAGUUGGCUUUCAAAAACGUUAUGAUCCCGAAAAGUAUUACGUCUUCAUCGUGAGCCUCCAGCGUGAGAAACAGGCGGAGAAAAUUUAUCUAUUCCGUAGCCACCGAGAGUUUUCGGAGCUCCAUCAGAAGCUCUGCCUCCGCUUUCCGCUCGUUUCCAAUCGUAUUUUGAGCUUAUCGAAAGGCGUAUACUUGGGCCGUAGUUCAGUCAAAGCUGUGGCUGAGAAGAGACGUACCGAACUGGACCAAUUUCUCACGAGCUUGUUCCAGUUGGCACCCGAAAUCUGCCAUUGCGAACUGAUCUACACUUUUUUCCAUCCGCUGCUGCGUGAUCAAGAUGAAGAGGCCAAUGUUUAUGUCACCAAGUGGCGCAAUAAGUCUUCGUCCAGUCAACAUAUCCGUAAUGUCACCAAUGCCAACGGUCUCGUUCAAGGCGAGUUGAAAAUAUCGAUCCAAUAUACUCGAGGCGAGUUGCAUGUCAUGAUCCAACAUGGUCGCGAUUUAAUUGCCGGGGGAAGCUCGGCAACUUCUGUCAACAAUACAGCGACCGAGUUGCCGUCACCUUACGUGAAAACGUACCUGUUACCAGACAUGCACAAAAUCACCAAGCGUAAAACACGCGUUAUUCGUCGCAAUAUUCAUCCUACCUUUAUGGAAAUGUUGGUUUACCGCAUGUCGCUUGAAAAUGUCCAGAAACGCCUGCUGCAGGUGUCUGCUUGGAGUUACGACCGUGUCCAAGAAAACCAGUUCCUCGGUGCGGUCAACAUCCCACUCGAGUCGCUAAGCCUCACAGAAGAGCACGUGGCCUGGUAUCCGUUGGGUCAUCUUCAUAUGUAACAGAUAAGAAAAAAGAACAAAAAUCAAAUUUACUAAUUAUAUCACUCUUUGACGACCUGAUGAGUCGACUACUCUUCCGCUUAUCCCUAAAUUUACCCCUUCUUGUUUCAAUUUAAUUCACGGAAAAAAAGGAAAUUCAUUCGAGUCAUCAUCUUCAAAACAUAUAAGUAACGUAAAGACAAAAAAAAAAUGCUUUUAACACUAAUUUUCUACUUUAGUUAUUUUAAAGAGAACGCGAUGAAAUCUGCAUGCUUUAGAACCAAAAUGUCCCUUUUCUUUCAAUGAAUUUAAAUAAACAAAUGUGUAAAGUUGUAUUUCUUUUUCUCAUAUAUAUUCCUGGCGGUUGUUCGAAUUUAAACUAUCACUUCCAACCGAAUCCCUAUAACAACGAAAUAAAACAUUGUUAUCAAUGUAAAAGGAAAAAAGAAAAGAAG